AUGUCGACCCCGAAAGCCCACCGCGGCCCCGACGCCGAUUCGGCCAACGAUCCCUCCCAUGCCGACUCCGGCCUCGACGGUGCCUUCUCCGGUGCGCCACCCACAUAUGCGACCUUCUCCCCCGUUACGCUCUCCGCAAACACCCCGAGCCGGUCCUCCCGACGUUCGACCAUCAUCGUCCAUCAGAAGUCACCCUUGCUGCUGGCCACUCCACCGCAAAUCACUCGUGCAUUAGCAUACUCCCAUCCCUUUCUCCUUCCGUUGAACAAGCUUGCCGGCCUGUUGACAUGGACCACCGAUGAUCCCUGGGAGAGCUUCCUUCUGCUGGCCUCAUUCUGGGCCGUCGUUCUCUAUGGCGAUAUUGUCGUGCGCAUGGCCGGCCCUAUCGUCGUCGUCUUAGCUUUGAUACUGGGCAUGUACGGUCGCCGUUUCAGCCCCUUAAGCAGUAGCGGCUGGACAGAGCCGGCUUCUAAGGAGUCGGGCGGCACGCAGAAUGCUGGAGCAGCGGCCGGGGCGAAGGGUCAAAAGACUACUCCCAAGGGCAAUGGAACCGGCGGCGCUGCCAAAGGCCACCACCGGGGCGAGUCGGAGAUAACAAACACAAAACAUCAAAAGACCCUGGACGAGAUUGUCGAGACGCUGAAGGAGUUCACCGGCCGGUGUAAUGUUCUACUCGAGCCACUCCUUGAGCUGACAGACUUCUUGAGCACACAGCGCACCCCGACGUCAGCAACAACGAGACCGGCGCUGACGACACUGUUCGUGCGCAUUCUGUUCUGCACGCCCUUCUGGAUGCUGUUGACGCUACCGCCCUUGAGGAUCAUUACGACGCGAAGAGUGGCCCUGUUGUUCGGCACGUUGGCCCUUACGUGGCAUGCGAGAGCCACGCGUGUUGCCCGAACGCUCCUCUGGCGCAGCGCGACGGUUCGCAAGACGGCUGCUUUGGUGACUGGGCUCACUUUUGAAAAGCCCGUCAAGGCUGUUCCGGUAGACGUUUUCACGAACGGUAACGGCGGAAAGGUCGUGACAAAACGCCCAGUGACAUCGGAACUGACCAAGGCGUUGCAAAAGCAGUCGCAUCGGCACAGCAACAACGCCACAAGCAAGGACGCCGGUGUCAAGUUUACCUUUAUUAUUUAUGAGAACCAGCGACGGUGGGUCGGUCUCGGUUGGACGCAGAGCAUGUUCGCCUACGAGCGGUCGGCUUGGACCGACGAGCACAACAACCCCGUUCCGUCGCGUGACACCUUUGAACUACCCGAAGUCGAGGAUGGAAGCAACAUGCGCUGGCGGUGGGUUGAAGGCAGCAAGUGGAGGGUUGACGGUGUUCCCGACGACGGGAGUGAGCCUGUGGACUAUGACGGCGACGCUGGAAAGAACGGGUGGAUCUACUACGACAACAAGUGGCAAAAUGGCCGUCGCGGUGUAGAUGGAUGGGGGCGGUGGACCCGCCGGAGGAAAUGGUAUCGCGAUGCCGAGCUGGUCGAAGUCUCAGAGGACGAGAUAGCACACGAACUUGAUGCGUCACAGGCGCCACCACAGCCGGGGUCUCCCGCGGGUAGCCCCCCGGGACCUGCGUUAACGACGCAGAGAUACAGCACCGUUGAGGAGAAGAUGUUCUCCCCCACACAAUCAGCGCCGGACCUGACGGCGCAUGAUAGGGAUGCGGAGCGGGAAAAAGACGAUACCGCAUCGACGUUGUCUACGAGCUCCGGCGGCCGGUCAUUCUUCAAAGCGCCUUCACUCAGGAGGAAGGUUACAGACAAGAGCAUCGGCAGCAAGGCCGACAGGGAACAAGAUCGCAGCCGGAGGGCGAGCGAGGCGAAGAGCGAAGAGGAAGCCGCGGCACUAGGGGUCAAUCUCAACCUUGCACUACAGGGCAAAGACGGCGGGCAAUGGGGCAUUGGCGACGAGGCUCGUAUGAGCUUGGAGUAA